CCGGGCAACUAACGUGCAAGCCCGGAAACGUCACGAGGAAGGACCCUUUACUAUACCAAUCGUAGGCGGUGUAUGGAGUGAAGGGGUGUGACCUAUAACUCGGUGGCUCCGCUUCCGGGUUUGCUUGCGGUUGCCAGGGGAGGCCUGGGCCGCGGCAUAGCAACGGAAAGCGGAGGGACGCUGUGGGAAGUGAGAGAUCGAUGCGGACCGCACGGGGCUCCGGUAAAUCACUGCGGGAUCGUCUGUAAAGCGGCGGCGGAGUUCAUGAGAAAGCUUGACUUGCAGAAAUAGUGAGUUCCAGAGGAGGGGGAAGAACAGGGGAAAUUCUGGAGACGAGCAAUCAGAGGAAGAGCGGAGGAAGUUUGGCCAGAAGGAAAUUGAACACGUCUACAGCCUGUGCUGGUUCUUCCAUACCCACCCCAUAUGUUCUGUUUUGCACAACCUAAAAGUAUAUACUGAUUGCUGGCAUUUGAGGAGAAAAAGUCAUGGCAGAUCCUGGAGAAGGCAAGAAGGAUGAGGCAGACUACAAGAGGAUGCACAGCUUCCCUUUAAUACGGCACACAGACAUGCCAGAAGAGAUGCGUGUAGAAACCAUGGAACUUUGUGUUACAGCCUGUGAAAAGUUUGCCAGUAAUAAUGAGAGUGCAGCAAAGAUGAUUAAAGAGACAAUGGACAAGAAGUUUGGGUCCUCAUGGCAUGUCGUGAUUGGAGAGGGCUUUGGUUUUGAGAUCACUCAUGAAGUCAAGAACCUCCUAUACAUGUUCUUUGGAGGCAGCCUGGCUAUUUGCGUCUGGAAAUGUUCAUGAGGGACCCUGCUCCAGACGUACCCAUUCUACUUCUACUCAGGAUGUGCUGCUACAUGGCCUCGCUCAGGAAAGAGUCUCCAGCUAGGCUCUAUAUUUAUCUUAUGGGGUGUCUGGGUAUCUCCUCUAAACUUAUUGGGAAUCAAAGGGGUUUGCAAUAGAUUUGCAGUCACCGCUGGCUUGGAAUUCAAAUGAAAGGGAAUAGCUCCGGUUCCUGCAGUGUGUUACUAGAUAGAUGCUUCAGAGCUUUGGAACAAGCAAUUACACUAAAUGAAGAAUAGGAACAACCGUCAAAUACCUUUUAUGAUCCCGUGAUCCUCAGAGGCUUUUGUAUCCAGUAAUAAAGUAUGCACAGGGUUUUACCAUCCUACUGGCACCGCAGCUCUGGUUUCCCAAAUAUAUAUUUUGUUCACAGCCAUCCAUCAUCAUCUUUUCCCACCGAGUAUUAGAGGAACGUUUCUCUUUCAUAAUGUUUCCUUGACACUUUGCCUUCCUUCUAUUCUCUAUAUCACACAUUCUGGCAUGCAUGACUCAUUGUUAUCCUCUUCUCUCAACAAAACGUCCUCCAAUCUCCCCCUGGAGAGAUGUGUUUUGUUUUUUACUUAAAUAUAUUGUUUCUCCUACUGAUCUAUUUUUCUCUCUCAUACACCCACAUAGGCUCUUUGUAAUUAAAUUGGACCUUUCAUCCAGACAUUUGCUGAGUUCCAGCAUCUAAAGGGAAAAUAAACUAUGCUGUGAUCUCAGUACUAGUUGGGGUUAAGCUAUAUGCAAAUUUGUUGCACUGAUGGCGAUCAAAUCAUUUGUAUUGAAUGCUGUGUCAAGGAGGUCACAAAUCGUGGACUUCUGAAUUUUGUACCUGUUUUUAGGAUCUGUAGAUUAGCUGACAAUAUUUAGAACUGUUUCAGAAAGUGUUUUGGUUGAUAGGCAGAGUUUCGCUGUUCAUCAUAGUUACACCUUAGUAAAAUAUACACUUGUGCGUUCAAGGCUUUUUUUUGCUCCGCCAUAUUCUUUGUGUGAUCCUAUGUGAUUUUUUUUUCUAUUGAUCAUUCCCUCAUCCCUCUGGCUGCAUUUUACUCUCUCCAUCACUAACUUCCCUUUUGUCCAUUUCACGUACAUGUGCAUUAUAGACUAUCCUCCACAAGCCAUAAAUAAUAGAUCAGGAGAUUUCGGAUACCACAGAGAAGCCUGCCAGCUACUAUUCCUUAAUUCCUCUUGUUCAGUAGCAGAAACAUGAAUUCAUGUUUCGCGGAAGGAUUUUAUACUCUGCUGGAACUUCAAGUAUGCUGUUUUUUAUGUUAGCUCUGGUUAUAAAAUCGUUUACUUGUCACUAAUAAACUUCCUUAGAUUUUUUUUAAAUAAUG